ACCAUGUCCGUGUGCUCAUCGCGUUCGCGUUCGACGUUGGAGGACUUGGUCCUCGAGCCACCGUCGGAAUGGCAAGGUUGGAAACCUGCCUGUACAUUGUAUGCAGACAGAACACGACAUCAGCAACGGAAUGAAAGAAGCCAUACUCCAGAACUGGCACCAUCGGUGUUCCCGGAAGCGAUCCUUGCACCGUUGAGCAAAAUAUCACAGACGAGUAGGCGGAGGUCUACGACGUCAAUGGCGAGUUCGUCGUCCGCGCCGUCAAGAGGGAGUCCGUCGCCCGACGCCAAAGGCGAGUUGGUCACGGCCCGCCCCGCAUUGAUCUUGAGUAUGUGAGUGGCAACUCGAAAUUGAACACGAAAGAGAGCGCGAUGACCAUCCACCCAAACAGGGGGGGAAGGGGAAAGGACGCAUCAGGGUGCGGAAGGGCGACUUCAUGGUGCAAAUACUUUUU